AUGACAUGGCUUGAUGAGAUGGAUACUGUGGUUGAUACAAGUGGUUGUGCGGAACAGGAUAUUGUGAAGUUUGUUUCACAAUCAUUUAAAGGUGAAGCUUUGGCUUGGUGGAGGUCGUUAAUCCAAGCCACAGGGAAGAUCCCAUUGUAUAAUUUGACUUGGAAUCAAUUUGUUGCACUGAUCAAGGAGAACUAUUCUCCUCAGCAUGAGGUAGAGAAAAUCGAGACUGACUUCUUGAAUCUGGCCAUGAAGAACUUGGACUGUCAGGCGGAUGUUACAAGCUUCAAUACCAUGUCCCGAUUGGUUCCUUAUUUGGUCACCCCGGAACCAAAGCGCAUAGCCCGUUUUAUUGGAGGCUUAGCUCCAGAAAUUAAGGGAAAUGUGAAAGCAUCCAGACCUACCACAUACAGGUCAGUGGCGGAUCUGUCUCUAUCUCUCACACUCGAUGCAGUCAGAAACAAAUCUAUCAAAGCUUCUGAUGAAGGAAAGCGGAAACAAGAGGAUGAGAGUUCUCAUCGCUCCGAUAAGAAACGAAAGGGGAACUCUGAGCAUAAGAAGGGUUCUGGGUUCACAAAGGAUACCCAGCAGUCUAGGGAGAAGCCUAAAUGUAAAGUCUGCAAGAAACACCAUUUUGGAAAGUGCAGACUCGAAUCGCAGUCGCAAUCGCAUUCACAGCCUAAAGUUUGUGGGAUCUGCAAGUCCAAAGAGCACAGAACUUUGGAUUGCAAGAAAAUGAAGGAUGCAACCCGUUAUGGUUACAACGAGAAGGGGCACAUAAAGACUAACUGCCCGAAAAUCCAAAGAAGCCUGAGGAGCUAG